AUAGAAAGAAUGAAAAGACCAUUUUUCUUCCGCCCAAAUUCAGUAUCAGCAGCACGUAAAAACGGAGUACUGUAGUGAGAGUGUCUUGCAAAAGCCAAGGCGGCAAAUGACCCCAUGUCCGCCUCCAAAGCCACAAAGCUAAGUUCUAUUUUUCGGUCUGCUUGCGCUGCCACUACUAAACUAACUCUCUUGCCCACUAAAUUAGACGUCCAGGACAUUGCCGCGUCAAGCCGCGUCUCACCGCGUGACAGUUUCUCUGUUUCUCCCUUCGCGCACCCCACCUGUUCGACACUAUUACCCAUUGAUUCAUCUUCCCUCAAUCUUAAUUCUAUCGAUCCUCUCUGUGAUCUCACCGCUGAGAAUUUGAGAUUGGACAAGGCAGCUGCUUACACUUAUGAGGAACUUACCAAGGAGUUGUCAGAGGAGAUAUCUACGAUAUUGAUUGAGGCUACCAAGCUUGAUGACACUGAUGAACUCUAUUCAGAAGAGGAUUAUGAGAGACUGGAUAAGGAAUUGAAUAUACCAUGGUUUUCAAGCAUGUCACGAGGCUGCACAUCAUUGUAUCGGAAAGAAUUAGCUCGUGAGAGGAAACAAAAAUGGGUGUUUAAGGGCACCCAAACCAGUCGAUUUCAUCGUCUAGUUGACAUGUGUGCAAACAAAAUGGGUUCAGACAAUACGAUUCAGGUAUUCGGUAAAUUGGGACGCGAAACCGGUGUUAAAGAAUUUAAUGCAUUGAUGAGACUUUGCAUUGAUAAGGCCAGGAAAACUGAAGAUGAUGAAAUUGUACUACGACAGAUCUUUAAAGCUUACAAAAUUUUGGAAAAUAUGAAAGAACGGGGGUUUCCUGUGAAGGAAGUUACAUAUGGUCCACUCCUUGUAUAUUUAAUUGACAUGGGUUUAGAUGAGGAGUUCCAUUUCUUCUGCGACCUGAUUAGAGAUGAAAAUUCUGAUUCGUUGUCAAGACUAUCUUACUAUGAGAUGCUAUUGUGGGUCGGAGUCAAUAAUGAGGAUAAAAUUAAAGAGCUCUUGGAUAACAUUGCUACUAAAGAUGGUGAAGACAGGUCCAGACUUCAAGAAAAUUAUCUGUUGGCCUUAUCUGAAAGUGACCGGAAGGAUGAAGUUCUGCUGCUAUUAAAUUCAAUUGAUAUCACCAACGUUUCAUCAAUGAACCACAUAACAAAUAUCUUUAGAACAUUGGGAAGGCAUUCACUAGAUUCUAUUGCGAAGAGUUUCUUACAAGCACUCAAAGUUCAUGGCGUUGAAGCAGAAAAUAUUUCAAAUUACAUCUAUAACUACACAGUUAGCAUGCCGAAUUUAGUGAUUGGGGAUAUUGUUUUGAACAUCAAUAAUAUGCAUACUGAACUGGAGGUGGCACCUUCGUCUGCACCAUAUGAGAAGCUCAUUAGACAGUGCUGUGAUUCUCACAAGGUUCACAUUGCUCUUGAGAUAGUAGAUCAUAUACUGGAAGCGGGUCUUCCCUUAAACGUGGAGAUUUAUCUUUGCAUAUUAAAUUCAUGUGAUGAGAGCUGCGAGUAUAAUCUAGUUCAUCGUAUAUAUGCAUUGAUGUGCCACUAUAAUGUGAAGCCAAACAAUGAGAUUUUCAGGUGUAUGAUAAGUUUAAGUGUCAAAAUGAAAGAUUAUGAUGGUGCAUAUGGCAUGAUCAGAAAUUUGGAAAAAAUAAAUCUAAUUCCUACAGCUGGCAUGUAUAAUGCUAUAUUGUCUGGACACUUCCGAGAGAAAAACUUCUCUGGUGCAUUGUCGGUUCUCAAAGAGAUGGAAAGCGCACAAGUAUUACCAGAUUCUCAAACUUUCAGCUAUCUUAUUAGCAAUUGCAGCCGGGAAGAAGACAUUACAAAGUAUUAUGAAGAACUAAAAAUCUCUGGUGUUCAAGUUACGAAACAUAUCUUUAUGGCCCUUAUAAAUGCAUAUGCGUCUUGUGGACAGCUUGAGAAAGCAAAACAGGUAGUCCUUGAUAAAGGAGUACCUGUCAAGAACUUGAAUGAAAUAAAAAGUGUGCUUGUCUCGGCGUUAGCAAUAAACGGGAAAGUGGACGAUGCUCUUGGAAUAUACGAAGAACUCAAACAAGCUAAAUGCAAUCUGGAGCCGAAAGCUGUAUUAAGCCUUAUAGAGCAUCUUCAAAACGAAGGAGAUUUAAACAGAUUGAUUGAGCUUCUUGAAGAACUUCAAGAGACAGAUUAUUGGGUUAAUGGCUGCUUUAGAGUGGUUUCAUAUUGUGUUCGGCACAAGUUCUCGAAUACUGCUGUUGAUUUGCUCAAGAAACUAAGGGAUGAGUUUCAAGAUGAUGAGAUGGCAAGUGAAGUUCUUUUUGAUGAGGUUUUUUGCCAAGUUGCUGAGGCAGAGCCUGUAGAUUUGCAAAUUGGUCUCGCUUUACUUCAGGCCAUCAAAAAAGAACUUGGAUUAUGUCCUUCACGAAAAAGUCUUGACUUCCUCCUCACGGCUUGUGCCAAAGCCAAGGAUUUACAAAGUUGUUACUCAGUAUGGCAAGAAUAUGAGACGGCAGGCCUUCCAUACAAUGUCCUAAGUUUUUUAAGGAUGUACCAAGCUCUUUUGGCUUUAGGAGAUUGUAAAUCUGCUAGAAAAAUGCUGAGGCAGAUACCGACAGAUGAUCCGCAUGUCUGUUGUGUCAUUGAUGCAUCACAGACAGCCUAUGGACGCAGGGCACCCAGCUCUAAGGUGCCUACAGCGAAAAAUAAAGCCGAGGAAACUGUGACAAAGAAGACCAGGAAAAAAUCUAAGAAAAUGAAAAAGAAGAAAGAUAAGCAGAAGUUAUUGCUGAAGGAAAAGGAUACUGGAGAUUAAGCCAUUUAUUUAUCAAACACUUUCCUCGGUUAGGGGACACCCCAACCCGACCGUAGGGGAAGCAGUAUAUUAGGAGGUAAACAUUCGAUAAACAUUUGUUCCACCGGCAAUAUUAACGCACAUUGAACUUUUAACAAACAAC